UUCUCCAAUUUUUAAUGAAGGAAAAAAAAUAGAUAGAAAUUACUUCAGGCAAUACGUGAGAAACAUUAAAAUAUGAAAAUGCGGUCCAGUUUCUCGUUUUGUAUUCAAGACAGGAAGCAAUUAAUAUCCUUGACUUUUCAAUAAAAUAUCAAUCUACCGGGUUACUCAAUAGAUAUUAAUAAGACAAUGCAGUUGGGAAUUUAAAAUAUAAACCGCAUAUUGUGGAAAAGUUGCAAAAUUUUCAGGUUUCCUUCGUUAAAAACCAGAUAAAAACUAAAUAAAAUUAACUUACAAUAUGGAAGACUCAAAACUUUUUUUACUUCUAAGUUACAGAAGUUAUAUUCAGUGAUUUAGAAGUGACUCCUUAUAAAGUGCCUUGUGUGUUUUGUAUGGAGACUCUCCCCCCAUUGAAUCACCCUAUAAAAUCAAUUUACAUAUUAUGUGUUUUAAAACACUCAUUUAUACUAAUUUGCAUACGUUUUAUUUCAGGAAUAGGGUCCGGAUUAGCCAAAAAUUCUAACGUCAUAGCAAUUAACCAGUACUUUGUUAAAUACAGAACCAUGGCAACUGGCCUUUCACUCGCGGGUUCUUCUAUAGGAUCUUUCGUCUUACCACCUCUAACAGAAUAUUUAAUGAUCGAAUACGGUUUAAGAGGAAGUUUCCUAUUAUUAAGUUCUGUUCUGGUACAAAGUUUGGUGACGGCCAUGUUAUUCAGACCCAUUAAACAAAGCGCAAAACGUAAUCGAGUAGAGAUGGAGGACGUUGCCUUAGAUGGGCUCGAAUCGGAGAAGAUGCUAAGCACCAAAGAGGAAUCGAAGUUUCUUAAAAUAAUGAAAAUGCUCUAUCAACUGUUUAAAAUACCCAUUUUUUAUGUAAUUAUAUCGACCUUUUCUUUUAACAUGUUUUGCUUCAUUACCUAUCAAACUGUGGUCGUCGAUUAUGCCUCAGAUCGUUCUAUAGCAGUAACCAGGGGUGUUUUUAUUGUAUCGGUUUUCUCAUUUUCUGAUUUAUGCGGUAGAUUAGCUUGUGGAUGGAUUACAGAUUUAGGUUUUAUGAAAAGAAAAAAUUUAGUGGUCGUGUGCUGUUUCGGAAUGGGAAUACUAUUCUUUUGUGUACCCCAUUUUUCAAGUUUUACAAUGAUGCUCGUCAUUGCGCUUUGUUUGGGCAUCUUCACUGGUUGUCUGGUCGUUAACAGCUACGUUCUUUUUACAGAAUAUCUUGGUUUAACUAGGUUACCAUUAUCUUUAGGUUUAGGCAAUACAUUUUUUGGAUUAAUAAAUUUUGCUGCACCCCUUUUAAUAGGAUAUUUUAGAGACAUCAAAGGUAGUUACGAUCCAAUAUUUUACAUAUUAGGAGGAAUGGAAAUAUUCCUUGGUUUAUGCUGGAUUAUAGAACCCUUUUUAGUCGAUGAAAAUAAAAUUGAUAAUUAAUUUUUUUACAUCAUAUUUUAUCUAUAAAAACUGGUUUAUUUUUUAAAUAUUAUUUCUUAAUUAUAGCGAGAGGUAAAACAAUUUUCUUAAAAUUUUUAAUUAAUAAAUGAAAGUGAUAAAAUAAUUAAAAUUUAAAAAUAUUCGCAUUCCAUUAUAAAAAAAAUUGAUGUAAAGUUCAUUAGAAAAGCACGAAGGAAUCUCUCAAUUUGUCCUAAUUUUAUGCUUGACCUAUUUGGAAAUAACGUUAACGAUAAACACGAUAGAGUCCCGAUUCUCAUACAAACUGGAAUGUUCUUGCAACUGUUCCACUUAAACGAGUGGCUUCUUUAUUAUAAUUUACCUUAUUGUUUAAAUAUGUAAAACACGAAAAAAAACAGCGCGAAACAUAUCAUAUAUUUGUAAAUUCAUCAUAAAAAUUCACUAGCAAUUUCAAUAUCUAAACACAUCAUUUCUUGGAGGCCAUCGAUCAUAUAUGAUGACAUUGAUACGAAGAAGAAUUUUAAUAAAGACAUUCCUGCAUUAUAUGUGUAUUAAAAAAAAAAAACAUUAAAAGCUGACACCAUUACCAAGAUGAAGCAAUCACCUGGGUCAUCUGUAAA